AUGAGUUACUUCCUGUCCUACUGCAAAGCUCACGGCGGCGCGCUGCUCACCGGCUACCAGGCCCUGCGCGCCGAGGGCUUCUUGUGCGACGUGACGCUGGAGGCCGAGGGCAGCGAGUUCCCGGCGCACCGGUCGCUGCUGGCCUGCUCCAGUGACUACUUCAGGGCCCUGUUCAAGAGCCACACCCGGGAAUCCCGGGAGCGCGUGAUCCACCUGCACGUGCCGUCGGCGGCGGGCCUGCAGCGCCUGCUGGACUUCAUCUACACCGCCUGGCUGCCGCUCUCCAUGGACACCGUGGAGGACACGCUGGAGGCCGCCAGCUACCUGCAGGUCACCGAGGCGCUGGGGCUGUGCGGCCGCUACCUGGAGCGCCAGCUGGCCCCGGAGAACUGCUGCUUCGCGGCCAACAUGGCGGCGCGCUUCGGCCUGGCGCACACGCAGGGCGAGGCCGAGCGCCGCAUCAUCCGCCACCUGCGCGAGCUGCUGGCGCGGGGCGCGGGGCCCUCGGGGCUGCUGGAGCUCAACCCCGCGUCCCUGAAGGCCGUGCUGGGCGCGCCCGACGUGGCGCGGGUGCCCGAGGCGCGGCUGCUGGGCCUGGCGCUGGCCUGGCUGCGGCGGGAGCCCAAGGCCGAGCGCAUGGCGCACGGCGCGGCGCUGCUGGAACGCGUGCGCUUCGGCCUGGUGCCCGCCGCCGAGCUGCGGCGCGUGUACUCGGGGUCCGGCCUCGCGCUGCCCGCGCGCAUCAAGGGCCUCAUCAUCCAGGCCCUCAACUACCACACGGCGCCCUCCCGCCAGCCGCUCCUGCAGGGCGAGCAGACCACCGUCCGGAGCCCCCAGACCCGCAUCUUGUUGGUCGGGGGGCGCAGGGGGCGGGAGGUGGUGACCCAGCCGGUCGUGGCCCCGCGGCCGGUAGCCCGGGUCCGGGUCAUAGUGGUGGAGGCCCAGGAGGAGGAGGAGGAAGAGGAGGAGGAGGAGCAGCAGGAGCAGCAGCAGGAGCCGGAGGAGGAGCAGCUGGAGGAGGAGUGUGAGCUCACCCAGGACGUGGUGGCCUUCGACGUGUACAACCACCGCUGGCGCAGCCUCACGCGGCUGCCCGCCCCGCUGCUGGGGCACUGCGUGUGCACCGCAGGCAACUUUCUGUACGUCCUGGGCGGGGAGCGCCCUCCCGGGGACGCCUCCUCUCCCCAGGCGGGCGGCCCGCGGGUGGUCACGGCCGAAGUGCACCGUUACGACCCCCGCUUCCACGCUUGGACGGCCGUGCCCGCUCUGCGGGAAGCGCGGGCCCACUUCUGGUGCGGCGCCGUGGGCGAGGGGCUCCUGGCCGUCGGGGGCCUGGGCGCGGACGGGGAGGCGCUGGCUUCCGUGGAGAUGUACGACCUGCGCCGGGACCGCUGGACGGCGGCGGGGGCGCUGCCGCGGGCGCUGCACGGCCACGCGGGGGCCGUCGGGGACCGGGGCGUGGUCUACGUUUCCGGGGGCAAGGCGGGGAGAGGCGAGAGCGGCUCGAGCAGUCUCCGCGACAUGUACGCUCUGGGCCCAGGGGAGCGGGACUGGAGCAAGAGGGCGCCCAUGGGCACCUCCCGCUUUGGGCACCACAUGGCGGCGCUGCGCGGGGCGGUGUUCGCCUUUCUGGGGCGCUACGAGCCCUUCUCUGAGAUCGAGCGCUACGACCCGGGUGCAGACCAGUGGACUCGGCUGCAGCCGCUCCCCUACGACCGUUUCUGCUACGGUCUGGCCGUGGUGGAGGAGACGGUGCUGCUGCUGGGCGGCCUCAAAUGGCGGCACUCGCGCCAGGUGCCUACCCGCAACGUGGUGGGCUAUGACCUCGACCUGGACCGCUGGGAGGACAUCGACUGCGCGCUGCCCUGGGCCUGGAGCGGCCUGCAGUGUGGGGUGCUGCAGCUGGCCGAGGGUGCGGACGAGGAAACCGAGGGGGAGCCCGGAGAGCUGCCAGAUUUGGUGUAGGGCUCGUGAAAGCGUUAG